AUGGGUACCUUUGGUACCACAUUCAAUAUAUCUUUGUUUCUUAGUUUAUUUUAUAUAUUAGGAAACAAUAUUUUAAUUGGUCAUAUCUUUAAUAUAUCUUUUCUAGAGUAUAAUAAUAAACAAUUAAGUCCUAAUCAGGAAAAGAUUCAAAUACUUCAGGAUCAUUGCUUUCGUUUGGCAAAAUGUCAAGGAAUGGAAAGUAGUAUAACUCCUCUUGAUGUAGGAUUAUGCCAACAUUGCAAAUUAAUAGUUCCUACAUCUGAAUGUCCUAAUAUUCCUCUACCAAAUAAUAAUGUGAAAAUUCUAAGUUCAACUAUAUCAUCUUAUUUUAUUAGGAUUGAUAAAGAUAAUGAAUAUGAUAAUAAUAAUCAAGUCAAAAUUUCGAUGUAUCGAAGACAUGACAAAUCUAAAAAGGUACCGAAUUCAAGAUUUGGCACUUAUAAAAUCGUUGCACAUUUUGAUGAAGUAAAAGAUAUUGAUAAGUGUACUAUUGAUAUUAAUGGAUAUUAUAAUUUGAUGUAUGAAAUUUAUAUUUUUCACGAUCCACUUUCAUUUAAAAGUAGUUAUAAUUAUGUAGACACGGAAAUCAACAUAAGUUUGGGAAAUUCCUUUAAGGAAAUAACUGAGGAAUAUAUAAAUUAUCCAAUGCAUUUAAACUGGAAGAUAAAAUCAGAUAAUGGCAAACAGGCCUUUUAUUUUAUAAAAAGAUAUGGCAAAAAGAUUAAAAAAGAGGAUAUUUUAAAAUAUGAAACAUAUGCAUUUUUGCCAAUAGGCGCUAUGGGACUGUCUUCCUCAUUACUGGAGAUUACAUGCAAACCUGAUGAGAUGUGUAAAGACACUAAUAGCUUAGAACCAUGUAUUAGAAUUUCAUGUUUAACUGGGCCUAAAUUACCCAAGAAUAAUGAUAAUAUAUAUACUAAUUAUCAGAAAGAAAGAAAGAAAUCAGUAUAUGAUGUAAUAAUUGCUGUCAAUCAUCUAAAAACUCUAGUGACCUCUGAAACUGAGUAUAUCACUCUUAUUAGAAUAUUUAAUGAAUUACUUAUUAAAUCUUUGGAGGAAAAAGUAAACAAUGGUAUAAUAACAUGGGGAUGUAAGAUAAAGAUGACCAAGUGGUUGAUAGGAAUGAAUAAUAUAUUGGGUAUACUCCCUCUAGAUAUUAAUGAUUUAAAGAUUGAAAAUAAAGAUGAAUUAACAGGGAGUAAAGCUGUAAAGAUAAAUGAAUAUAUAGAUAUAUAUAAGGAUCAGGAGAAAGAAGAGAUGAUUUCAGAUUACACUAUUAUAGAACAAAAUCUACCUAGAUGA